AUGCAGAAAGUGCACUCUCUGGUCACCCUUGAAUGCAGUGCUGCUGUGUGUGUUUCAGGUGGGUGGAGUGUGUGGGGGCAGUGGAGACGGUGCAGCAGCGAGUGCGGAGGCGGGAUUCAAACCCGGGCCCGGGCCUGUCAGUCAACAGCAGAGGAGUCGUACCUGUGUGAGGGGGUGCUGGAAGAGGGCCGUCCCUGCAACGCUCAGCCCUGCAGCGGCAAAGGCCUCCAUCUCUCUCGCAGCCAAUCGCUUCGCUCGGUGGACAGCCGCAAGCGUGAUGACGUAGACAAGCCCCGCGGCGGACAGCAGAGCCCUCAGACAGUAGACACAGCUUCAGGUGAGGAGUGGUCAGCGUGGAGUGUGUGUUCUGCCACUUGUGGGGAGGGCUGGCAGAGUCGCACUCGUCUCUGUGUGUACGGCUCCUACAGCACCCAGUGCAGUGGGAAACUGCGCGAGCAGAGAGCCUGCAACAACUCUGCUGUUUGUCCAGUGCACGGCGCUUGGGACGAGUGGUCGCCGUGGAGUUUGUGUUCAUCGACCUGUGGCCGAGGUUACAGGUCGCGAACACGAACCUGCGCCCCCCCACAGUUUGGGGGCGAUGCCUGUGAUGGCCCAGAGAAACAGACCAAGUUCUGCAACAUAGCUGUCUGUCCAGUGGAUGGAGUGUGGAACGAGUGGUCCAACUGGAGCUCGUGCUCCGCCUCCUGCUCCAACGGGACCACUCAGAGGACCCGGGAGUGUAACGGCCCCUCGUACGGGGGCUCCGAGUGCAGAGGGGAGUGGCUGGAGACCGUUGACUGCUUCCUUGGGGAGUGCCCGG